UCAUAAUCAUCUAUCAAAUAAAUUUUUCACGUAAUGCGGAUACAAAGAUAAAUGGAUGUAAGAAACUAUAUUAAUUUCUUAUGAUAAAGUUAUUUUAAUCGAUUAAAAGAAUCUUUAAGAUUAGUUUUGUGGUUAAUUAUUUAAUUAUAUAAUGGCUGAAAACGAGGAACUGACUGGACCAGUAUCACAAGAAGACAUAGAAGCAGCAGAAAAAUAUAAAAAUGAGGCAAAUGAAUGUUUUAAAAAACAACAUUACAUUAAUGCAAUAGAAUUGUAUUCUAAAGCAAUAGAAAAGAACCCAAAAAAUGCCAUAUAUUACGGGAAUAGAAGUAUAUCAAAUUUAAAACUGGAAAAUUUUGGAUAUGCUUUGAGUGAUGCAACAAAAGCAAUAUCUUUGGAUAAAACUUACAUUAAGGCCUAUUACAGGCGAGCAGCUGCUAAUAUGUCUUUAGGAAAAUAUAAGCCAGCGCUUAUGGAUUUCCAAUAUGUUACCAAAGUUAGGCCAAAUGACAAAGAUGCCAAGUUGAAAUAUAAUGAAUGUAACAAAAUAGUUAUGAAAAUUGCUUUUGAGAAAGCAAUUGCCGUAGAGAAGAAAGAAGUGAAUAUAGCUGAUUCUAUUAAUUUAGAUUCUAUAACUAUUGAAGAUGAAUAUGUGGGUCCAAGUCUGGAAGAUGGAAAGGUCACUCUCAAGUUUGUGACUGAACUUAUGAAGUUUUAUGAGAAUCAAAAGAAGCUUCAUAAGAAAUAUGCAUAUAAAAUACUAAUAGAUGUCAAAGCAUAUCUUCAAAAACAGCCGUCUCUAGUAGACAUCAAGGUGGAGGAUAAUAAAAAGUUCACCGUAUGUGGAGACAUUCAUGGCCAGUACUAUGAUUUAAUGAAUAUAUUUAAACUUAAUGGAUUACCCUCUGAGAGCAAUCCGUAUUUGUUUAACGGUGACUUUGUUGACCGUGGCUCAUUUAGUGUUGAAUGUAUAUUUACCUUAUUCAGUUUUAAAUUGUUGUAUCCGGACCACUUCUUUAUGUCAAGAGGAAACCACGAAACGCUAGACAUGAACAGGGUAUAUGGUUUCCGAGGCGAAGUAACCUCUAAAUACUCAUCACAAAUGGCUGAUCUCUUCACUGAGGUGUAUCAUUGGCUGCCAUUAGCCCAUUGCAUUAACUCGCGUGUGCUUGUGAUGCAUGGAGGUCUAUUCUCGAAGGACGACGUCACGCUCGAUGAUAUCCGCAAAGUGGAGAGGAAUAGGGAACCGCCAGAAGAUGGUAUAAUGUGCGAACUGCUCUGGUCAGACCCACAGCCCAUGGAGGGAAGGUCGCCAUCCAGAAGGGGCGUGGGCUGCCAGUUCGGUCCAGACGUCACAGCCGCAUUCCUUAAAACCAACAAGUUGGACUACAUCAUACGAAGUCAUGAGGUCAAAAAUGAUGGGUACGAGGUCGCGCACGAUGGCAUGUGUAUCACAGUCUUCUCGGCGCCUAAUUACUGUGACACAAUGGGAAACCUGGGAGCAUUCAUAACUAUGAACGGGAAGGACCUAAAACCCAACUUCACGAAGUAUGAAGCUGUUCCUCAUCCGGACGUAAAAGCUAUGGCGUACGCGAACUCAGUUCUCAGUAUGCUCUACUAAACCCGGUCUGGCGAACUAGAAACUGUUUGCCUUAUUAGGCGAUUGAUCACAUUUUGCCGCCUUUACAUUAUCAUUAACGUAAAUAGACAAUUUUAUCCAAUGGUAUUAAUAAUAAACUAAACCAGUGAAGAGAAUCAUAUUUGGGAACAACCCUCAUGUUAUAAAAGAUGAAGUACAUUAGUAACGAUGUUAUUUCUAUUGUGUGCUAUUUUAGUCAAAACCUCCUAAAUACAGUGUACACUCCAUAUAACAACACUAGAUUUAACGACAAACUCCCUAAAAUUGUCGAAAUCGGAUUUGGUUUGUUUUAGCUUGUUUUCUAUACAAUGCAACACUACAUAGCAUUACACCCUCAAUAACGACAAAUAAUAGAAA